AUGGAGGCUCUACUGAAACGUGCGGCCUCAUUUCCGAAUUGGUCUCAGAACCCCAUUCCCGAUUUUAAGCUUUCGGCAUCGGGCGUCAUCGCUCUUGCUGACCUUGGUACUAUCGCCCAGCGUACUCGAAUUGUAGGAGGUUCAUCAUGGCUCGACGCUCUGCUCUUAGCGCCUGGUCUGCACUAUCAGCAGGCCGCCGAUGCGGUCGCCGGAGAGACUGAGACCUCUUACAGCGCCAUUGAGAUGUAUGAGGGCCGUAGCUCGGCCUAUAAUAUCACCAAUUCCGCCACCCGCCGCUACCUCGAGCGAGUCGGCAUGGCCGGCCAAACCGUCACCGUCGACGUUGGCAUGAUGCCGGACCGUAAUUACAACUUCCGGGGGAGCGGUCGGCGGGGACAGCGCGCUACAAUCUGGCGCGACCAGGGCGCUGACUUAGGGUGGUUCUCGCAUGUCUUGUACCUUGCGAGCCCCGUACUCACGGUCACCGCUUUUGUCUUUAUGAUAUUGCUUCAAGAGUGGUGGGGCGUCGCCUCCCUAUUAGCCCUUAUGCUCUCCCGGGUUCUUAAUAUCUGGGUCAUUAAACAACGCUCGAAGCCGCCAGAGGCUCCACCACCGAAACCUGACGUCAGCAGUAUGCUAACCGAGUACCUUGUUGACCUAGGUGAAGGCCGUAAUAUCUGCUUGCGCGGCGUCGCGGAAGACCUGCAGGCUAUCACUACGACAAGUUGGUUGCGCGCCAAGACACACCUAGAUGGCUACCUCGAGGCUGCCGCUAAGCUAAUUGUUUUCGUAGUCGCUGCAUUCAGCGGUAACUUUACGCAGGCUGGUUCCAUUAUCUUCAUGCUCUUGUUACUCGUGACAGCCGGGCUUCUGGGAUUGAGCAACGCGCACGCGAAAACUUUCCGCAUGCACGGUCGCCUAGCCACUCCGACCGUCGACAACCUGCCUCGUGGCACUAAGGGCGCACCGCCGUAUCCACCUAGCGAGUCAUUCGGUUCGGAUAGUAAGGGAGGAAGUGUCUCAUGGCCGGCCACGACAACAAGAACAUCGAGUGGGUUCACGGGUAUGUCGGACUUCGCGGAGAAGGGACAGAUCGGCGGCGUAUUGAGGGAUCGGUAUCCAUUCGACGGGCUCGAUUAUAGGUGA